GGGUGUCAACCUACAAAACCUUUGCAUGGUAUAAGUGAAGCCUGCACAGCUUGCUCAGACUUUGCUUUAGUUGUGCAUCUGACCAGAGGAGUCUGUCUUCCUAAUUGAAACCUGGUGCCACCCUGAUCAAACCCUGAGUGAGCACGUGACUCUGUCUGCUUAACAAGAAACAUGACGGCCCUCAACGCACCUCGGGACAAAUACAAUGCAGUAUGGAUCAUUUUCUUCAUCCUGGGCCUGGGAACCCUCUUACCGUGGAAUUUCUUCAUGACGGCAACUAUUUACUUCACCAGCAGGCUGAAGGACACGCCCUCUGACCUCCCCUCCACUCAGACCAAUGGGACGUUGGCAGAUGGAGAUACUCGCAGCGUUCUGGAGUCAAAGUUUAACAACGUGAUGACGCUCUGUGCCAUGGUGCCUCUGCUCGUCUUCACCUGCCUCAACUCCUUCCUGCACCAGAGGAUUCCUCAGAAGCUUCGCAUCAUUGGCAGCCUGGCGGUCAUCCUGGUGGUCUUCCUGUUGACCGCGGUGUUGGUGAAGAUCGACGUGGGUCCUCUCCCCUUCUUCACCAUCACUAUGAUCAAAAUCAUCUGCAUCAACUCGUUCGGGGCGAUUCUCCAGAGCAGUCUGUUUGGGCUGGCAGGGAUUCUACCCGCCUCCUACACGACGCCCAUCAUGAGCGGGCAGGGGCUGGCCGGCACCUUCGCCGCUUUCUCCAUGAUCUGCACUCUGGCAUCGGGAUCCGCCCUGCAGGACAGCGCCUUCGGUUACUUCAUCACAGCCUGCGUGGUUAUUCUCCUCGCCAUCCUGGCCUACAUCGUUCUGCCCAGGAUGGAGUUUUUCCAGUUCUUCAUGGAGAGUAAUGGAUCCAGACCCGCUACUGAUGAGGAGAACAAGAUGGACUUACUCAAAAAAGGUACUGACACUUAUGGCUGCCAAAUCGCAAACCGAAAGAUAACGCAUUUGUUGCUGUUCUUUCAGAUCUGGGUGAUGGCUUUGUCCGUGUGCUUCAUCUUCACCGUCACCAUUGGAACAUUCCCGGCUGUCACAGUGGAGGUCAAGACGACGGUGGCAAAUGGAGGAGUCUGGGAAACUUACUUCAUCCCCGUGUCGUGUUUCCUCCUUUUCAACCUGAUGGACUGGGCCGGCAGGAGUCUGACGGCCGUCUGUAUGUGGCCGGGGAAAGACAGCAGGUGGCUCCCCGUCCUGGUGGGUCUGAGGAUCGUCUUCAUCCCUCUCUUCAUGCUGUGUAACGUCCAGCCUCGUAACUUCCUCCCCGUGCUGUUCGCCCACGACGCCUGGUACAUCUUCUUCAUGAUCUUCUUCGCCUUCUCCAACGGAUACCUGGCCAGCCUCUGCAUGUGCUUCGGACCCAAGAAGGUCCCACAGCAUGAGGCGGAGACGGCGGGGGCCAUCAUGGCCUUCUUCCUGUCCCUGGGCUUGGCGCUGGGCGCUGGUGUCUCCUUUGCUUUCAGGGCCUUGGUCUAAGAGCUCCAGAAGACCCCUCAUUAGACAUAGAUUAGACGACCCCCCCCCCUCAAACACUGCCUGUCUUCACCCGCCAACAGCCUCUGACUGAGAGGAGAUGGCAGACGUGAAGACUAGAGGCCCUCGGUCUUCUCCGAUGUACAGUAGAGACUCAUCCAAUAUAAGCUGAACAUGUCACUGAAUAUACGUCUUCCAACUCAGCAGCACAGCGUGAAAACUCUAUGCCAUUUAUCAAACAGGUUGUUCCUCUGAGAUGAAUUGAAGUUCAGAGGGCAACUUGACAAAAACCAAAAGUGUAGUAGAUCAGUUGUAGCGGACUCGUCAUGUAGAUGUUUUUUAGUUUUCCAAGAUAAGACAAAUCCCAGGCAGGUGAUGAAGACUGUACAUGAAGCGCCUAGAGCCUGAUUCAUAAAAAUGUGUUAUGGUCAGUCACGUACUUUAGAAAUCACAUGAACUUAUGAUGUUGUGCAAAAAAAGUCCCAACAUUUUUAUAAAUGAGGCUCUUAGAUUCUGGUGUUCGGAUAGUCUGCUUAAACCAGUACAUUUUACCCUAAGUUUGUAAACUGUGAUCCUUAACGCUAAUUUUUUUUAAAUGACUUCACUCUGUACUGUUGCAGCUUUUUAACUUUGAUCAAACCAAAUACAUGAAGACACGGGGAAAUUAUGAACUUUGAAGGGAGGUUAGACCCAUCAAACGGCUCAUUAACGUGCCGUGUGCAAACCGCUGCUUUCAGUGUCACCUUAGUCCGUAAACUUCCUAUUUAAGAAUAAGCACAUUCUCGAUGAAUGUAAUCACAGAAUAAAUCCUGAAGACGAGGUUUUAAUCCACAAUCUGAGCCACUAACUGCUGAGUACUCAUUGUCUUAGAGAGUGCUGACUGUCUGUUUGUAGAUUUAGAUGAAGACGCACCAGCGUGGGUCAAUUUGGUUUAUCUCAAAACACAUGUUUCAGCCCACAGGAUGACAUUCAUACUGCUACUGUGUCUUCCUGUUAAACGACAUUUGCCACAAUGUAUUUUAGAAUGGAGCAAAAAGAGAAAUAUGCAGCCGUCAAAGAUGUGAAAUGUGCCAUUUGUGAGUGAGAUAAGGAGGAUUUUUUUUUAUGUCAUUAGUUGGCUUUCUUUCCAUGUAAGAUACGUUUUGUAUCAGUAGUAGUUUUUAGUAUUCUGUUCAAACUUUACCACUCGGCUCUUUGAGUGAGUUUUGUUCUCAUGAAUUGGGAGGUGCCUAUCAGUGUUAUAUAUUUGUGGCCUUUUUGAUGCUUUUCUUUCUUUUUUUAAGUCUGCUUUAGUUGUACACGAUAUUAUUCAUGCAGUAAUACCAGCUGUAUACAUGCUAACUGCCUGUUUGUUUAAAAGCACAACGUUGGUCUGUUCUUCCGUACUGUGUGUUGUAGUUUGUAUGGGAGUCAUGGAUCAGAAAAUGUUGAUCAUAUUUGCAGCUUAAAAAAGUUCUGUGAUAAAAUAAAAUUGUAUUUUUAAGAA